AUGCAAGCCACCUUGAGCAACGUUCAACCCGAGCCUCGCCAAGUAUCGUCCGUUCCGCCACCGAUCAGCAAACGAGGCUCCUACUACGAUAACGUACCGGAAGGUGAUGAGAACCUUGCUAAUUUGGAAUAUCGUAAAAAUCUUCUGAGCAAAUCGGCCUUACGUUCCAAGAAGAGUCCGACCAUGUCGCUUGGUAUCGAACAGUCAGACGAUUGCCCAGCCGCGGCACAGUCGGCAUUUACCCGAACUACAAGCAAAUUUAGGCAACAUCAGCAGUGGAAGAGUCCAUCGAAGCAACCAGCAUUGAAUCAAUUUCCGUUGCGGGACCCUCCAGAAUGCGCACCUUUGUCGGACGAAAAUGAAUUCCUUAUACAACUUAAGGAUAAAUAUAAAGAAACAAGAGACAGCAAUGAGCGAUACAGGAUUUUAACCACACUUCCCAAAAGUUGGUCUACAUAUAGAAUUAUGAAGGAGUUCAAUGUUUCCCAACAUAUGGCCAACCAAGCAAAAGCACUGCAGCAAGAGAAAGGAAUAAUGUCGGUGCCUGUAAAGAGGUUAAGCAGAGCUUCAUUAGGAGAACCAACGAUAAUGCUUGUUCGUGAUUUUUACAAAAGUGACGAUAUAAGUCGUGUUUGUCCGGGGAAAAGAGAUUAUUUAAUAUCUAAAAAUGAUGAAGGCGAAAUCUACGUACAAAGAAGAUUAGUUUUGUGUAACUUGCAAGAGGCGUACUCCAUCUUUAAAAAUACAUAUCCUGAUAUUAAAAUAGGAUUUUCCAUGUUCGCCAGUAACCGUCCGAAACACUGCAUUUUGGCAGGGACAAGUGGCACGCAUACCGUAUGCGUUUGUAUAUAUCAUCAGAACGUUAAACUUAUUUUUAAAACACUACAAAGCAGACAAUCACUCCCAGAUGGUGUUGAUUCCUAUCACGAUUUGUUUAAAAAAAUAAUUUGUCAAAAUCCAAGUGAACAAUGCUGGCUGCAGUGUUGCAAAAAUUGUUCAGGAACGCAAAUUUUGGCCACAGAACUAAUGACUAUUCUUAGUAACGGACAUGUUGAAUCAAUACAAUUCAAACAAUGGCGUCAAGUAGAGAGAUGCAUUAUGAACUUAGCUUCGUUUGCUCUAUUUGCCACGCGGGAGCUUUUCAACCGCCGAUCAUUAUCACCGGUCGGUUCGGUUGGCCUCUCGGGACCUAGCACCAACAACCGGCCUUAUUGGUUGUUCUUACCGGCUCUUUGUAUGGGUCACAUUCUCCGAUUAGCAGCCUGA